AUGGGCGAAUCAAACGGAACAGAACAGCAGGAAAGUUCCUUUCCUUCGGGAACUAUUGCGAAGCUGACAUGUGAUAUUCUCAACAACACGUUCUAUAACAUUAUCCAUGACAUAGUGUCAAAAGUUCACCGAGAUGAAAAGAUCGCUCGAAUGCGUUCUGCUGUCACAAUUGCUAGACAGAAAGCCGAAGAAGAAGCAGGCAGGCGCCGAGAAGAAGCAGGUGCCAAGCCCACUGCGUUAAAACCGGGCGAAGAUUUCGAAGAACUCAAGGACAUCCGCGUUGAGACUGAUGGUGCCAUUUUUGAAGAUGGGAAGGUUUAUCUCAAGGGAAACCCACUUAAUACCACCAAGGAAAUAAUCUGUCCCGACUGCCGACUACCACGUCUACUUUAUCCUCAACCAAUGAUCAGCAAACAAGGGCAUGAUGUUCAUGGGAAUCCGUUCGCUACGGAUAAACUGAAUCCCAAGAAGAAGAAACAGACGAACACGUCAAAUACGCCAGCAUCAAGCCCGCCUACAACGCCGGAUAGCUCCUUUAAGCAAGCGGCUCCAGAGAAAGUAUCAUUCCCGACGGUUAAGUGCCCUAAUUGCCCACGGUACUUUGUUGUGACGCGAGUGGCACAACACUUGGACCGAUGUCUCGGUCUAUCUGGCCGACAGGUUAAUCGAAACAAAACGCCCAUGGAAAAUGGUACCAGCACCCCUACUUCUGCGCCGCCCAAACGUCCAUUACCAUUAGAUGACGACACUCCGCCAACUAUAACGAAGAAAAAGAAACUCGGUGCUCCUAAAAAGCUUUCAGGGAAAAAGCCGCCACCGGCUCCCAGUAGCAAACUCAAGAAUGGUGUGACGCCUGACAUGGCGGCAGCUGCGGACGCUGCAGCCGCUGGUGAUGGCGAUAUAAAAAGCGAACCGAAUGGCGACAACGCAUAG